UUGUCGGGGCGUGUUCGGGCGCUGACGGGGACGUGCCGCAGCAGGUCGGCUCACUGACGAUCACCUCUGUGUUAAUUGUGAGGUGAGAGUGUGAAGAAUGAGGCUCACAUGUUUGUGUGGCGGCGGCGUCCGCACGGCUCAUUCACUCUGAGAGCUGCUCUGCUGCACACACACACACACACACACACACACACACACACACACACACAUACGUUACACACAUGAAAUAAUACAUGUGUGUGUUGUUUUAUAUUCUCAGACCGAUUUCUUCCUUCUGCUCUUCUGCCCGGUAAGUCUGUUUACAUUUAUAGUAGAGAUCCUGUGAGGGGAGUCCCGUGUUUGGACGUUUGUGAUGAUGAUGAUGAUGAUGAUGAAGAUGUCUUUUGUGUCGUUUACGUCUUUUCAUGCCGUUUUUUCACCACUAUGAUGGAAUACUUGUGCGUCUUUCUUGUGUUAUUUUUGAGUCAUUUCUGGUGCAACAUGUUUCUUUUAUUUUGUAAUUUUUUUGAGUCACUUAAGUGAAACAUUUCGGUCAUUUUCUAAUUUUUUUUUUUGCCAUUUUGAAAUAUUUUUGUGGAGGUUUUUCCAUUUUCUAAUAUUUAGUUUUUGUACCCAGUGUUGGUGUGUUGUUGUUGUUGACAUCUUUUUGUGGGAUCUUUUCUGAAAUGUGCUAGAUUCCUGUGAGAGAGGGAGAGCCAGCCGGGGGGAUAAAGGAGGACAGACCGAGACAGGGACUGAGACAGAAGGUGAGACAGAGUCCGGGUCGGGGUCUUCAGAGUGAUCAUGGCUCCGAGGAGGUUUGAAACUAAACCGGUGAUCUUCUGUCUGAAGACGCUGGUGCUGCUCUACUCCUUCAUCUUCUGGGUGUCAGGUGUGGUGCUGCUGUCGGUGGGGUUAUGGUGGAAGUUCAUGUUGGGCCCCUACAUGUUGUUGAUCUCCAGCGCCCCCUCCAACGCUCCCUACGUCCUCACGGGCACCGGGCUCGCCAUCAUCGUGUUCGGACUGUUCGGCUGCUUCGCCACCUGCAGGGGGCGCCCCUGGAUGCUCAAAGUGUACGCCGUCUUUCUGUCUGCCGUCUUCAUGACUGAACUCAUCGCUGGAAUCUCUGGAUUCGUCUUUCGACACGAGAUUAAAGGGACGUUCCUCACCACGUACAGUGAAGCUGUGAUGAGAUACGACGGACGAGAUGACAGGAGUCUGGCUGUGGACGGAGUUCAACGAAGAUUACAAUGCUGUGGAGUCUAUAACUACACCAGCUGGUUCAGCAGCGUGUAUUUCCCCGUCGGUGGAGUUCCCUCCAGCUGCUGCAUCAGUUACUCCGACUGCAGCUCAGCAGACCUGAAGAACACGACCCUGGCUGCACGUAAAGUCCACAAACAGGGAUGUUAUGAGUUGGUGACGUCGUUCAUCGAGAGCAACAUGGGAAUCAUCGCUGGAGUGACCUUUGGCAUCGCCUUCUCUCAGCUGAUCGGGAUGUCACUCACCUGCUGUUUGUCCCGCUUCAUCAACGCCAACCAGUACGAGAUGGUGUAACAGGAAAGCAACGGGGAUGCUCGUCACCAUAGGAACCAGGCAACACCCCCCCCCCCCCCCCCCCCCCACACACACACACACACACACACACACACAGUGUGUUGUAAAAGCUGUCGAGAUUCCUCUCUUUAUUUAUUUCUGAGGCUUUGAAUGAAUUCCCUCUUCUGUCUGUGUUUGGUCUCCACGUUGAAGCUGAUUGGUCGAUUCUCCGUCUUUGUGUUUGAGCUCAGGUCAAAUUAAACUACAACAUCAUUAAUAUCUGUAAUGACAAUAAAAGACUUCAGAUGGUACGCUGCCUUGUGAUUCUGUGUUGAUUAUAUUUCUGUCUCCAACUUUGAUUUAAAGGUUUUAAUGUGAAUGUGAGGAGAACAGAGUGACUCUGUGUCUGUACGGCAAGCAGCAGGUCCAAAAUGUCUCUCACAGUGAUAUGAGCCUUAAAGCUCACAUAUCCUCCUCCUCCUCUCUCAGAGCUCCUCACAACAUGUCUGUGAAGUUUCUUGUUCUAAAUCCACUCUGAUCCUGCGCGCUAUUUGAGCCCGAGAUAAAAAAUGACAGUGAUGAUUACAUACAGCCACAUGGGGGCGCUGUUUCAUUUACUCAUAAUAUAAACGAUGUUAGUGAGUCUCAUUCUGAUGGAUGAUCAAGUCAGCUCAACCAGUUUUCAUCUCAUUCAACAAAAACAUAACAAAAAUGUCUUUAUCUAAUAAAUUAAUAUUUUAAUUUGCAUUUUUUUAAUCUUUAAAGUCUCAGAAGUGUUUUCAUUCUCCCACGAGGUGCCACUCCACAUAACACUGUAUGUAACUUUAUCUUGGUGCUUUCACAGCUUGUAAACUUGUUUUCUCAAAUAUAAAUGAGUUCUGUCCUUG